AACUUUUGUUCUUACUUCAAUUGAGCACUAAAAAAUCUGAAACGAAAUAUUCAAAUUUAUUUUUUCUCCUUUUAACUGAAAAACGAAAAUUUACGAAAAUAUCAGCGAAAACGAUUGGAUUUAGCGAAAUCGGCACACAAAUGUUACCGAUGGCGCAAAAUGAUUGCUUCCUGAGCAUGAGUCAAGAUUAUCUCAUCUGUACAACGGUACACAAAGCACGACAGUUGGGAGUUUUCACAGGCGAGACAUCCGUACGCAUUACGCUCGACAAGGCACAUAGGACCACCAAGCCAUACGCGCGCUCAGAAAACCCCUUUUACAAUGAGUAUUUCGUAUUCGAAAUCCGCUGCACGCUAACGGAACUUUUGCGUUUAACGGUGCUGUACGAAGUGCGUAAGCGAAACGCCUGCAAGAAGACCAUGUCGCAUGGUGAAUUGCUAAUAGAUCUGCAGAGCGUUUGGAAUCAACCGAAUCGUUGUUUCUUCAAAAAGUGGGGUCGUCUGGAGGCCUCCAUUGCAGAUGUGUCCAAUAAUACACCGGGUGCACCUAAAGGUUAUCUGCAGAUCGAUUUGGCAAUCGUAACACAGAACUCCGAUCCGAAUACUGUGUUAAGGCCAAACGACGACAUGCUAGAGUUGAAUAGAUGGCAAAUAAAUCAGGACUAUGAUAAUAUCGAGCGCAACAUGCUACAAAAUGCCGACAAUUCCAUGCAGUGCAAUAUCCGUUAUAAUGUCACACUCUAUAAGGCAGUGCUGACCAAGAAGAGUGACUAUCUCAUACAAUUUAGAUUCCAUCCUUUCAAGGGCAAGACAAAUGUUUGCAAGUCCACUACUCAACCGGAGUGGAACCAUUCGGUGUGCUUUUCAUGGACCUAUCCAUCACUAUCGCAGACCUUUGUCGUACAAAUUCUCUCACAUGAGCAUUUACAGUGGAAGACUAUCGCUGACUAUGAGAUACAUUUCGAUGAGAUCGCUUUUAAAGAUAAGCCAGCCUUGGGUCCCACUUAUGUACAUUUCUACGAUAUAUCAAAUCCAUUGCAGUAUUUGGGACGGCUUUUGGUAGAAGUCGUUUCGGAGUGUUUACCAUCCGGUCCGGCGCGAGAUCUAUUAACUAAACCCGUGGCGCCGUUAGACGAGAAGCGUUGGUGGCAGGAAGAGACAUUUCUAGUGGAAUUUCUACCGUUGCAGGGUGACUUUCUGCACGGAAAUUUCAGUAACUGUAAAAUUACCAUGAAGCUUGCAGAGAAUUCCUCGAACUACGUGGAGUGUUUUCUAAAGAGUUAUGCGGGUAAACACAACAACACUGGCAACAGCUUAAAAUAUUUUCGCCAGGAAGCACCUUAUAAAGCGGUCUAUCUAAAAAUCACAAUGCCCGACAAUCGCUAUAAGUUCGAUAGCGAUUAUUAUAUGCAAGAAAUAUUGGAUUUAAUAGAAUCUGAGCUGGCAACAUUCAAACUUUUCCAAAUCAAGUACACCAAUCAAUUUGUGUUGCAAGCCAAGUGUUUCAAGGCAAUCAUUAUGCAUUUGCAGAGUAAAUUGAAAGAAGGCGUCGAGGAUAAGCGUCUGGAAUAUACGGGUUUCAAAGAGACAACUAUGUGGGACGCUAAUCGUUUGGUCUAUAUUAAUUCAUUUUUUGAAAAGUUCCCUGAAAAGCUACGCGCCAUGCGUCACAAGCUCAAGACUUCACCAUCUAUACUCAUAGAGUCCACCAUUGCUGAAGUUGUCGAUCAAAUGGUUUUACAUUCCAAUGAGCUGAAGAGUCUUUUGGCCACGACACGUCUGCAGGAUGAGUGGCCCACGCUGUUUAUAAUGCUUAGCGCUUCGGGCAGGAAUGAUAUUGCGGUAUGUCGUUUGAAUGGCAAGUACUUUUUGAAUGCGCCCAGAGAUAAGUCAGCGAGUCCGAAUAGUUUGUGUUGGCGCACGCGAAAUUUCAUAUUCAAGGACAUUCAAUGUCAGCAUAGUUGCAUCAACUGUGGCUGUAAUGUCGGCAUUAUACAAGGCUCUCUUGGCAUUGUGGUGGAUAGUGAACGUACUGAGUAUUUGGCCAGCAUCACUAACGAUUGGAAGCAGACCGAAUUAUACUAUUGGUCACCGAUAAUACACUAUACAGUUUAUAAAUGCCGCGUCUUCAUACAUCAAGCUAAGAUACGUCCGGGCAGCGAUACUAGUGGGCUCUGUGAUGGCUAUCUGCGCGUCAUAUUCGGUUCACAGUGGGCACAAACAUCUACCGCAGAGGCCACACUCUCACCCAUAUGGAAUUGUGUGAUCUGCUUCGAUGUCGUUGUCUUCCCCGGCAGUCUACAGUGGUAUAUGAAGAAUCCACCGCUGGUGGCUGUCGAAUUGUACGAUCAUGAUCGCUUAACGGCUAACGAUUAUGUGGGUUGUGGUAGUGUGCCGGUAUCGGUGAUUAGCAUGAAAGAGGCCGAUGAUAGUGCGCGUGAAGAAGCGGAGGGUAAGCUCAAACCAAAUAAAAUGGUGAAGACCCGCACUGCCAUGCAGAAAUAUCAGAAAUUAAAAGUUAUUUCGCCGCCACCACUGACGUGGGUUCCAAUUGCACAGAACGGCGGUGUGAGAGCCGAGGUGCUGAUGUCUGCUGAACUAGUUGAGACAACCGAAGAAAUUGGUAAAUUGGAAUUGCCAGAUCCGACCAUUACAAUGAAUAUACCGACGAGUAUAAGGCCGAUUAUGAAGAACUUUGUCUUGGAGGUUGUAUUCAUCGGCUUUCGAAACUACACUAAAACCACUUUUGGUGGCAGACAUCGUAUCAAGGUCAUGAUGGGUGAUCUUUUGCUGACAAGCGGCCUAUCCUCGACACGCUUGAAGAAUAGCAUAAACUUCUUGGUCAUCUUCGCUUCUGGAGUUGUGAGUCUCCCAGAGCAACUAGAAUACUGGCCCGCCAUCAUAGCCACCGAUGUGUCCGUUUCAUCCAAAGGCGCUGAAACCACAUUAGGCGCAGUUUUGAUACCUGACUCAAAACGUUUUCUACAAGUCGAUAAAACCGUGAAAUGUAUACCGGCAACACCGGACGAAGAAGGUACCACGAUGUUGCAGAUUGGCGAUUACGAGGACAACGAAACUCAGCCAUUACUGCAUAGAGACAAACCGACUUUAUUCCAAAGAACUUUGGACGUAUUCAAAAGAUCCAAAGAUCUCACAAAACUACCGCCCAUCGAUAACACUGACUUAACAAAAAUAAUCGAUGAGACACAGUACAGCUGGUGGACAAAAUAUUACAAUUCCAUAUACACAUAUCAGGAAACUGGUGAUCUCUCGCAUUUAUAUAAGCAAAGCUUGAUUAUCUACCCGAAUGAGUUGGAGCGUCAAGCCGAUCUCGAUUAUUUGCAUGACUGGGCCGAGCCGGUAAAACUGGUGCAUGGCGUGAAGUAUAAGAAGAACGCCAUGCCGAAAGAGGAGACCUAUGCAACGCUGAAAUUAAAUAUUAAACUUGUGCCCUGUAAAUGUGGUACGAAUGAUGGUGGCGACGGCAUUAUGUUGCGUCCACUCGCAGCGGCGCUAAAUCCACGCUAUCAGGCCGAACUCCAUACGCUAACCGAUCUGACAAAGAUCAUUGUACGCGUUUAUGUGAUACAAGGUGUUCAGUUGAGACCGCACGAUAAGAACUCCAAAUCGGAUGCUUAUGUGAGACUGCACUUAGGCGGCAAGACGGUGGUCAAUCGUGCGCAUUACGUGCCUAAUGAGAGUAAUCCGGUUUUCGGAAAGUGUUUUCAAAUGGAUGCUGUACUGCCGAGAGACAAUAUGCUGGAGGUCUCCGUUUUCGAUCGCAAUUUAUUUACGGACGAUUAUAUUGGUUCCACUUAUAUCGACUUGGAAGAUCGCUGGCGUACAAAACAUGGCGCUGCUGUUGGUAUUUCGAAGGAAUACUCAAAAACCGGCUAUAACAAAUGGCGCAACAUGGCCACACCUUUCGAAAUUCUCUCGGAACUUUGUUCCCAGCGCGAUUUGCCGGCACCGAAAUUCGUUGAAAAUCGCAUUGAAGUGGAUGGCGUUAAGUUUAAGGACGAAACGCGACUUGCGUUGGCCGAGGAACUACAGGAGCGUCUAAGCUUAACAGCUUUACACCAUUUGGAUCAACUGCCAUCUUUCUGUUAUAAAUUGGUACCAGAGCAUGUUGAGACACGGACAUUGUAUCGACGAGAUUGUCCCGGUAUAGAGCAGGGCAAAAUACAACUAUGGGUUGAACUAUACGAGGGCAACUUGAAUAUACCACCACCCAUUGACAUCACCCCGCAUCCACCACAAGCUUACGAAUUGCGUGUCGUCAUUUACGGUUGCUCCGACAUAAUGUUGGAUGAGCGUAAUAUAUUCGGCAAAAAGAUGAGUGAUAUCGGUGUGAAGGGCUGGUGUGCGGAUAAGGAGCAAUCGCAAGCCACUGAUAUCCAUUACCGUUCGUUCGAUGGAGAGGCUGCUUUUAAUUGGCGCAUGCUCUUCCCCAUCAAGUACUCUGCCAAUGAGGAUAUGAUGGUUAUCAAAGUCAAGAGUGGCAUACUCAACGAAUACGAAGUAAAGCAUCCGCCCAUUUUAUAUCUACAAGUCUGGGACAAUGAUUUCAUAACGAAAAAUGAAUUUCUCGGUAUGCUCGAGUUGAAUUUGUCGAACUUUCCCGAACCCUGCACAAAUAAGCGUUUCUGCGCGUUGACCAAUGAGUUCGCCGGCAUUAAACUACCCGAACCACUGGCACGUUUACAUGGCAUAACACAUCGUCGCCGACCGCCGGUCAAUUUGUUUGCCAAGAAACGCAUACGCGGUUGGUUUCCAUUGCAUGGACAAAUCGAUCAAAUUUCCAAGGAUAAGAGACUCAAAGAACAGAUGCGAUCGCAAACUGGGAAAAUCGAAAUCGAAUUGGAAAUGCUUACUGAGGCAGAAGCGGCUGCGAAUGCGGUUGGCAUUGGUCGCAAUCCACCAAAUGCUUUAGCUAUUCCAUCGCGUCCCGACACCUCUUUCAAUCCACUUACAAAUCCGUUGAAGUCCUUCCAAAAAAUACUGCUACCCGUGCUUAUUAAAGGUCUCAUCAUACUUGGCGUGAGCGCUCUUGUUAUUUUGGUGCUUGUGCAGUUCUUCUCCAAUCUACCGUUCAAAUUAUUGGGUUUGCGUUGAGUUUAUCGCUUCUUAGUUUGAUACUAACUGUAAUUUACAGUUAUUUCCUAUAUAUUUGAGUAUUGUAUAUUCGUUUUCUUAUUCUCUUCGUCGAGUGUUAAUAAAUAUAAUUU